AUGUCUCAAGGACAGACGAGACAAGUUUCACAGAGUAUGCUCUACCGCCUAACAAUUCUCUGCGACUUCUACCAGCCUAAAAUCGAGAUGGAAGCUAGAGCCAGGGAGACGUCCAUAGUUCUCGGGGAGAUUCUUGACGGACAGGAAACAUCGCAAGCCGACAACAGCAGAGAGCGUGAGGCCAGUCACCCUUCAAUCAGCGACAGUGAGGACGACACAUAUGAUAAUCCUGCUACUGGGAGUUCAACUUCUAGUGAUCAUGUCACGGACAUCCCAGGACCGCUAUUCGACGCAACAGAUGUACCUUCUGGUGCGCCAUUCUUCAUACAAGACGAAGUAGUACCACGAUUUAUCGCCCUCGCAAAACGGGUUACCUUUAUCCGGCUCAUAGACAUCUUAAAUUCGGUUAAGAUCGAUUUAUCUAGAGAUUCUCACGAUACUUGCACUCGAAUUACUCUCCAGAUCUGCGCUACGACCAAGAUUCUCCACAAUUUUGAUGAGGACAAACGCUGUGACUGGUGCGACAAGCAGCUUUGUGAGGUAAGUGAAAUGAAAUACGUUCCGAUGGAUCUCGAAUCGGUACUAGAAUGGGCACUGACUAGCGUAACAGGAAUGCCGACAUUGCAUCGUCAAGCAUUGUAA